CGUAGAAACAGUUUUUUUUUUUCAUCUAAAUAUUAUAAAAUAAUGUAAUUCGUGUGUGUCAAAAUACAUUUGAAUACUUUUUUUAAGUUUAUUAAAAUAAAAAAUAUUGUUACCUAUAUUUUAUGUGUUUUAUCAGAUGUUAAUUGUAUUAUCAUUAAUAUAUUACUUAUUACUUUAUUAUAAAUUGUAAACGCAUAGGCCUCACAUGGUAUUGAAAAGCUGAUUUUUGGAUAUAAGGUCAACCACGUAUCUGUGGAUGAUUAUUCAAGAUUUCGGCUCGGUUAGAGAACGAGAUACUCGGUUCGGGGAAAUUAAUUGAUAUUUUUAUAGUUUUCGCGCCCCUAAAGAGAGAGUAAUGGUAUAAGGUCGACUAUCGAUGAUUGUUCCAAAUUUCUUCCCGGUCGAAAAUCGAGGAGCCCGGAUCGGGGCUGUUUAAUCUGGUCAGUAAAAUCCGGAUUAGUAAAUGAGUCUUCUCCAAAUUAGAGCAUGUUAAUAGGUUAGGUACCUACUACAUCGUAUUAUUUGAACAUGUUUUUAAUCAAAAUUUAUUUUUACUUCUGAAACUUAUCGGUAGGUACCUAUUAAUUAUCAUAGCUAUCUAUAUAAAAAUAAAUGUGGUGGAUAAUUAUAAUUCAUUAGAUUUAACGAUUUACACUUGGCUGAAAAAUUAAAAGAAUAUCUAGUGAAUCCAUAGAUAAUGGUUAUGAACUAUAUACAGAAACAAAGGGUGAAUUUUUAUUAUAAUAAUCUAAAUUGAAUAAUUAUAUUUUAAUGGUAGUACAAUAAUAUAAUAAAAAAUAAUUGAUGGUUAAGUAACAUUUAAUUAUUAUUGCAAUAGUUAAAAAUUAACCACAAAUCACAGUUUACAAUAAUUAUUAUGAACAGUUUAAUAGUGAGUGGUGACGUGUGCGAGUCGAAUGGAGGCUUGGCUAAAUUAUACGCCACUGGAAAUACUUAUCUUCAUGACAGUCGAGAAAUUCAGAAAAUAUCUUUUGUAAUCAAUUCAUUAUAAUCAGCCAUUAGUUAAGACUAUUUUUUUUAUAAAUAAUGUCCUAUAAACUCCGUACCAAGUAUAAAAAUAAUAACACACUAACAUACAUUCAAUAGACCUCGGUGUAUACUCAUCCGCUUUAAAAGUUAAAACUACAACAGUAGCUUAUCGGCGCUUAUCAUUUGUUAUUUUCGUGUUACGCAUAUAUGUACGUUGUACAUAUCAGUAGCCUGAUAGCAUUUUGGGGUCGUGAACAAGUAGUAGUAGUAGUAGACAGUAGUCAUCAAUAGCAGGUCCAAAUUCCGAAGCCUGAGUUUACCGUUUUAACAAUGAAAUAUUGGUAAAUUAGGUAUCCAUCGACUCAGAACGUUAAUAUGCACUUGAUUAGUAAUAUUAAUAUUUCAUUAUGCCCGUGUCAUUUGGUCUAGCGUCCAAAAUUAUAUAAUAACGAAGCUGUAAGUAACUAUAUAAUACAUUGAAUAUACAUAGGUAUUCUACCUAUAAGAUAUUUAUUUUUGUUCUUUAAUUUUAAUUAUAUUUAUUAUUUAAUACCAUAAUUGUAGAUUUUUAUGUUUGUUGAUCUAUCAAUAAUUAUUCACUUGUAAAUUCAAAUUAUAUUUAAUUCUUAACAAGUGUUAUAUUACUCUGGAAUUUAAUAAUAAUUUGUUUACAUUAACUAGAGCAUUGUAUCCAAAAUAACGAUCAAUAUGAGAACAAUAAUUAACAGUAACUAUUUUGCCUGUCAUGUGACUAAUGUUGAGAACUGAGUCUAGCCAAAGUUGGCCGGUGUUAGGCGAGCGUCAUGGCUGCCUGCACGGUAUCAUUUCUCCUAUGGAUUACAUUGCAAUGGAUUUCGGCUCAAGAUUAUUCUUCCCAGUGGGCAGCUCACAUCGAAGGUGGCUUCGAGAAAGCAAAAAGUAUAACGGAAAAACAUGGAUUUGUACUGCUUGGCGAGGUAUUUUCCUAAUUUAUUUUAUUUUAUACUGUGUUUUUAUUUUAAUAUUGAAUAAAACUUCAUUAUGAUACCCAAAUUACUAUAGUGGAUAGAUUUUAGUAGUAGCACAUUCAGUUUUAAGUGGAUGGAUCAAAUUCAAUUUAACUUGCAUAACCAAGUUUUAACUAUUUCAACAUAAAUAUCUUCACAUUAUGUUUAUAAUAUAUUGAAUGUAGUUUUAUUACUCACAUUCAUAAUUUAUUGUGAUCAAAAACUAUUUAAUUAAUAAUUAUUCAUACAUUUUUAAUUACUAAAUGACUAAUUAUCUACCAACCUACCUUAAAUUAUUGAUGUCAAUCGUUGAAUGAAUGCAAUUAGCUCACAAGCAAUUUUUUUGAAAAUUUUAUUUCUAAAAUAUGUAUUUUUGUAUUCUUAAUUUGAUGUUACUUUAAAAAAAGUUGCUUAAGCAUUAUUUGGAAGUUAUGGUCAAAAAACUUCAAAAUGAUCAAUUUUUCUAAAAAUUGUGUUUUUAUGUUUAAAAUCAAAAAUUUAUAUUUUUAGAAUUUUUUUUAGAAAUGGCAGUAAUUAUAUGCUUAACAUUGUGGUGAAAUCAAAAUUCACCUAUCAUACUUACUUUUUUUAUGUUAAUGUUAAUAAACCACAUAAAACCUAAUUUUAAUGUUAUUUCAAUAGUUUGCAUAUUAAAAUUGAUUUUUGGUAUUUAUUUUAUUCAGUGUGUAAUGACAUAAAGUAGUUUUUGGUGAAAUCAGUAUUAAUUAAUAUUUUUUGGUUUGGAAGAAAUAGUGGAAAAAUAUAUGGAUACAUAAACAUCAUAGGUGGUUCAUUAUAAGUCAUACUUAGUUGUAAAAAAAAUAAAUAAAUUUAGUUUGAAAAUCUAAUAAUAAAAAGAAAAAUGUAUUUUUUUUUUUUUAUAUGUAUUAAAAUUAAAUUUUGAUGGAAACUGUAAAUAUUACUGCCUUUUAAAACAUGUAGAACCGAAUUUCGCUCCAUAUUGUCUUUUGUUAUAAAUGGUUUAUCAUUGGUUACAGGUAUAAAUUAAAUAACUAUGUAAUCCAUCUUCCCCUCUACCCACCGAAAACAUUGGCCGUCUCCAGUAUCAGCUCUUUUUUUUAAAUUUAAAUUAAUAUUUGUUUAUCAAACCAUAAAUUAUUUUAGAUUUUUCCAGACUACUAUCAUCUAGAACACAAACAUGUAUCGAAGCGAUCAGUUAACCCAGGUUUUGAACAUCAUGAAAAGUUAAUAUCCGAACAAAAUGUUAGUAUUUACAACAAUUUUUAAUACAAUUAAUUAUAAAUAUAAUACUUAGUAAUAAUAACACUUUAUAAAUUCUUUCAGUUUGUAUUUAAUUAGUUUAUUUUGUUAAACUAAUAGCUCAGCUGUUAUGUAAUAAAUAAAUUGCUUUUUUUAAAUAUGUAGUAAAAAAAAUUUGCCAUAUGAUGUACCAUAUUAAAUAAAAUAAAAUACUAAUUAACUUAUUACAUUUUAGGUCAAAUGGGCAAAGCAACAAAAAAUAUUAAGUCGAUCAAAAAGAGACUAUUUAACUUAUGUUAGAGACAGUAAAAGCUCAAAAAGAUUUGCAAUUAAAGGUGGAUUCAACGAUCCAAAAUGGCCGAAAAUGUGGUACUUGGUUAGUAGUUUGUAAUUUUGUAUUAUAUUUCUUUUUAUUAAACUGUUCAAUAAAUACUGAAAAAUCAUAUUAUAUGAUAGUUCAAAACGUAAUAAUAAAUAUUAAGGUUAAUAUUAUAUUUUUUUUUUUUUAAAAAACGAGUGUAUUAAGGUACACACCUGUGUAUUUUUAUAUUUCAUUUAUACAGGUGUAACAAUACCAUCAAAUGAAAAAAAUUGUCCACUUUGCGAGUAGCAUAUUUAGGUGUAUGUAUUUAUAUAAUAUAAGACUAAUAUAAUAUAAUAUAAUAUCAAUGACAAACUUAUUAGCCAGGUUGAUGAUUUAUCAUUUUUUUUGUAAAUUUUUGUUUCUCGGCAAAUAACAUUGUCAAUUUUCUCCUUAAAACUAUAGUACCUUAUUUGUUUCUUAUUACAUUCUGAUGAUUACCUUCAUACUAAUUUUUUAUUCAGCGAUAAUUUAAACUGUAAAAUAAUAAAAUUACAUACAUUUAAAAUCGCUGCUCACCAACCAAAAAAAUUAUUAUACCUGUACAAUUAAAAUAUAAAGAUAGAAAAAUAAUUGUUCAUCCUAAUAAAUGUAUGAUUAUAUAAUAAUAACUAUUCAUUUUAUUUCACUUUUAUUCAGUUAUAAAUUGAAUCAUUCGAGUUUUUAAUUUAUAUUUUCAAUUUAAUUUUAACAAUUAAUUAACAAAACUAAGUACUUAUAUAUAAAUACCAUUUAUUAUACUAUUAUGUGUUAUAUAUUUUAGUAUAAUUUUGAAAACAUUUAAGCUUGUUAUAGAUGUUAUAAUUUCGCUAGUUCUAUAUGUAAUAUUUAUUCAAUAGGUACUCUGUGGAUAAAAUCGUUGGAUCGACCAUCUAUAGGCCUUUUAAAACAUAUAUAUCCGGACUCUGGUGAAAAUAGUUUUUCAUUAGCAAUAAUUAAUCAUUGCAUACAUAAAAACAUUAAAUUCUCCUCUACAUCCUUCCCAACUUCUCAUCUAUAACAGUGGCCCAUCCAUCUUGCAAAUAGUAUGUCAGUCUUAUUUUCUGGUUGGGUGUUCCUUAUCUUACUGACCAUAGUCUGGCAUAUAUUAUGAUAUCGACUAUGGUCGGUUGUAUAUUUUUUAAAUAUUACAUCUAUAUAUAUCCUAAAGAAAUAAUAUAUAACUUUAAAUUUUUAAAUUUUAUUUAGAGUAUAAUUUUUAUAAUGACAUUGUUUAGUAUUUUCUAAAAAGGAACCAAUCAAAUUUGUAAUUUUUAGAUUCUGAGGUAAACAAAGAAUUAAUUGAUUUACUAUGUAUCUUUUUUAUUUAUUUAUAUGUAUUAAAAUAAAAAAUACUUAAAAAUACUUUUCUACCAGUAAUCUUGCUCCAACUAACAACAACAAGGGAUUUUUUUAUCUAGUUUUGGUGCUAGGUAUUAGGUAGUUCAUUUUUUGAUUUUCCAAGUCGUUAUUCUUAAUAAUUCAGAAUAAUUGAGAAGUUUAUGGCAAUAAUUUUAUUAUUAUAGAUUUUAUUUUUGGUUGUAAUUAGGUUAAAAAUAAUGAUAGAGAUCUGGAAUAACUAUAAAAUAUUUAAAUUAAUAAUAAUCUAAAACAUUUUUUAGAUGUAAAAUUUUCCACAACAAUCUUGCAACUUUUGAGUAUUUUAUAGGCAUUUAAUAUUUUCGUACAUUUUAAUUUUACUUUGAUUUGUCUGUGGAUAAAACUAUUUGAUCAAGCUAAAAUAUUUGAAAAUUUAGCAUUUUUUGAUGGAAAAAAAAGUUGAGCAUAAUGUACCUAGAUGAAUGAUACCUAACGUAUCAAAAUUGGUGUUAUACAUAUUUUGAAAUGUCUUUACUUUUACAAUUUUUGUCAAAAUUUGAACUUGAGAAACUUAAAAAAAAAAAUUAAUAGGUUUUUUUUUUUUUUUAACAAAAUUCAUAAAAAUGACAGUAUUUCAAAACAUGUGUAACCGAAAUUUGCUCAUAAUCGUAUUUCAUCAACAAUAAUUUAUCAUUGUGUAUAGAUAUAAAUAAAAUAAUUGUAUCUAUCCUACCUUUCAAGCUACCUACCUCCAACAGUAACACACUUGUCAGCAGUAUCUUCUAUUUUACCUUUUUAUUAUACAUUUUGAAAUAAUUCUGUAUUAUCUUUUCUAUUUACAUUAUUAGUUAGAAAUUAUUUAUUUAUAUUUAGCAUAAAUAAAUAAACAUUCUAACUUUUACCUAUUAAAUAUUAUUUAGAACCGUGGUCGAGGUAUGGAUAUGAAUGUUCAAGGGGCUUGGGAAGAAGGAAUUUCAGGAAAAGGAUCUGUUGUUACAAUAUUAGAUGAUGGCUUAGAAAAAGAUCAUCCGGACUUAAUACAAAAUUAUGUAAGUUAAGAAUAAAUAAAAUUGCAAGUUACUUUAGUGAGUUUUAUUCUGGUAUUGUUAAUAUGAAACCUAUACAGAACCUCAAAGUCAGUAUAAAAAACUUAUAUUUAAUAGGAUCCUUCAGCUAGUUAUGAUAUGAACAAUAGAGAUGAUGACCCAAUGCCUAGAUAUGAUCAAAUGGACACAAAUCGACAUGGUACCAGAUGUGCAGGAGAAGUGGCAGCAACUGCCAAUAAUUCGCUGUGUUCAGUUGGUGUUGCAUUUGGAGCAAGUAUAGGUGGUGUUCGAAUGUUAGAUGGGGAUGUCACUGAUGCAGUUGAAGCUCGGUCUUUAAGUUUGAAUCCUCAACAUAUUCAUGUAUACAGUGCAUCGUGGGGUCCAGAUGAUGAUGGAAAAACUGUAGACGGUCCUGGUGAAUUAGCUACUCGAGCUUUUAUUGAAGGUAUAUCAAAAGGACGUGGAGGCAAGGGAUCAAUAUUUAUCUGGGCAUCUGGUAAUGGUGGUCGUGAACAUGAUAAUUGUAACUGUGACGGAUAUACAAAUGCCAUUUGGACAUUAAGUAUUAGUAGUGCAACACAAAAUGGUCAUGUUCCAUGGUAUUCAGAAGCUUGUAGUUCAACUUUAGCAACAACAUAUAGUAGUGGAAGUAAUUACGAAAGUCAGGUAAUAAAAUAAUUCAAUAAUAUUUCAAAUUUGUUUACGUAUGUUAUAACUAAUAAGUAAUAACAUUUUAUUAUACUAAUAGAUUAUUACAACAGAUCUUCACCAUGAAUGUACUAGUAAUCACACUGGUACAUCUGCAUCUGCACCACUAGCCGCUGGAAUAGUAGCUUUAACUUUGGAAGCUAAUAAUAAACUAACUUGGAGAGAUAUGCAACACAUUGUAGUUUUAACAGCAAGGCCAACUCAUUUAUUAGCUUCUGAUUGGAUUAUUAAUGGUGUUGGACGAAAAGGUGUUUACUUUUAGUAUAAAUAUAGUAAUUAUUAUUAGUAACAAUUGACAAAUUUAUGUACCUUGAACUAACAAAUUUAAAAAAAGUAUAAUAUCUAUUUGAAAUAAUUAUAAAAAAAUAAAAUCAAAUAAUUUUUAAUUUUGGGCAAGUCACUGUUUGAAUUCAUAGCAUUAAUUGGAAUGAAACUUUAUAUGAAGGCAAAAAUUGUAAUAAAAAAAAAAACCAGAACUGUACAAUUUAGAACGGUUAUUUGUAUCAUAUAAAAAUAAAAGGAAUUCAAGAAUAUUGUGUGAAAAAAAUAAAAUUCCAAAUUUUGAUGUUCUAGUUUUUAUUUUUAUUCCAGAUUUUGCUUCCCAGAUAAUGCUGACCUCCUACUGUUUUAUUUAUUUGAAUAUUUGUUACAUAAUCCAUAAGCAGAGUUUGGGACUUGGAGCAAAAUCAACAAAAUAAUUAUUUGAAGAAUAGAAAACUAGUAAAAAGCAUUUUUUGAUUUUAAAAAAAAAACUUAUUAAAUCAUUUGGUGAAAUUUAAAAAUCGGGGGCAUACAUUUUAGUCUCCGUCAGUGAUUUAUGUAAUCUUAUAGAAGAAAUAUUGAUACCAUUGAAUAUGCCAUACAUUUGUGUAACUCUUGGCUUGAUUUAAUAUCAAGUUAAAAAAAAAUAAUCAAAUGUUUUAAGUCAUGUUAGUUUUUGACAUUUUUUUAACAACAUAAAUUUAAUAUAAUGAUCUAUAUAUAAAUACACAUAAUUAUUAAAUUUUACUCUUGCAGUAACACUCCCCUCUUUAAUGUAUGCUCUUGCAUUUCAUUAUGCUCUCCUAUAUUUAAUUGUUUUUAAUGUUUUAAAAAUGAUUGUAUUCAAAUUUUGAUUUUAUAUUCCAUUAUUUUUUUAUUAAUGAAGGGUUUAGUUAAGACUCAUAUCUGAUAUUUAAAAUUGUUCAAUCUAUAUCAUAGUAGUUAUCUAUCUUAAAUAGAUUUUUUUUUUUUUUUUUUUAAAUAUACUAAUGUAAUAUGCUAACGGAAAAAAAACAUUUAUGUUUUAAAUUAUAUUAUUUUUAUUUUAUUUUUUUAGUAAGUCAUUCUUUUGGUUAUGGGUUAAUGGAUGCUACUGCCAUGGUUAGAUUAGCUCGUAGAUGGAAAACUGUUCCAAUCCAACAUAUCUGCAAUGUUACAGCUCAAGUAUUUGAAAAGUAUGAUAUAAUUAAUUUGUUAACUUUGUUUUCAUUGUAAAUUGUACAAUAUUUUUAAUAAAUUUAUUUUAUUAUAGACCAGUGCCUGCACGUAGUUCAGUUACAAUACAACUCUUAGUGAAAGAUUGCAACAAUGUAAAUUUCUUAGAACAUGUUCAAGCCAAAAUAUCAUUAUUAGCUAGUCGACGUGGUGAUAUUAAAAUUGAUUUAACUUCUCCGAGUGGUACAAAAUCAACACUUCUUGCUCCAAGAACUCAUGACAAUUCUCAUGCUGGAUUUCGUGUGUGGCCAUUUAUGACUGUGCACAUGUGGGGUGAACGUCCAUUUGGUAUAUGGCAGUUGACUAUUCACAAUGAAGGAAAACUAUUAGGUAAAAUAUCAAAAUUAUUUAUAUUUUUUAAUUGGUAGUUUUAUUAUACAGUAAGAUAUCUAAUACUAUUCAUUAUUUAUAAAUGUGUGUAGAAUAAGGGUCACAGAAUAAUAAUACAUUAAUUUUAUUAUGUACAUAUGGCUUCAAAAUGUAUUUAUAUACAUCUGUCCAAGUUCUAUAAUUGAUUAACAAUUUAAUUACUACUAACAAAUUAAUGUGCUUUAGGUCGAUCAUCUUUACACGAGUGGUGUUUGAUAUUGUACGGUACUAAAUAUGCCCCAAGAACAAUAUCUCCUCCUAUCUAUCCUGUGGAACAACCACCUAAACCUAAUCCUAGAAAAAAUUCUAAAAGUACAAGAAAACAUUCAAAAAAAUUUAAAUUACAAAAACAAUUUACUACUCCAGUUAGUACCUUUAUAAAACAAAAUGUUUCCAGUUUCAAACCAAAUGUCCAUUUUGUUCUAUUUCCAAUUAAAAAUUCAUCUAAAUUGUUAUCUCCUACCCUAACUGACAAUAUCCAAACAUAUCCCAGCAGUCAUAGGCUCUACAGUCUACAAAGGGUGGAAGGUAGACCAGCCAAAAAAAAUUUGUCACCUGAAAGAAAUGUAUCACCUACAACUACAGGCAAGAGUGUCUGCAUGGAAAUCACCAUUUUGUUUGCAUGUCAUGCUAUAAUAAUAUUUUAAGAAAAUUGGUACAAUUUAUUAUUUUGCUUGUUUUAGUAAAAUAAACACUAUUAUAUUUUAGCACAUCAUAGGAUAAUAGUUAUUUAAUCAUAUAAUAUUUCCAAUAGUUGAUUUGUUGUGUUGUAUGCGUUUUAGUAUAUUUAUUUUAUAUUAUUUUGUAGAUAUUUUAGUUUUCACUUUUUUUUUUAAAUUGAUUGCACAUUAUUUCUGAAGUUAAAUAAUAUAUUUCAAUGCACGGGCAACAGAGGUUAAAUCAAAAAAUCAAGCUAUUCAGUAUGAUUUAUGGGUUAUUUAGAAAUUAAUUGUAGACUAAUAAGGGCUUAAGAGCUUUUAACCUUUUUUUUUUUUCAUAUAUUGAAAUACAAUGGCAUAAUUUCAAUAAAAUAACUGUUAAGCACAUUUUUAAUUUGAUUUCAGUAACUUACUUAAUGGGUUGUUAUGUUACUAGUUCUAAAUCUAAAAUACGACUUAAACCAUUUUAAUUGUGAAUUAAUUCCUUAAUUCUUUCAUAUCCAAAGUAUUAUGUAUCGAGGAUUGAUUAAAUUUUUAUACUAACCAAAAUUAGUUUAACAUAACAUAAUAUAUAGCCAAAAAUAAUACUUAAAUCAUUUAUUAACGGAUAUGAAUCAAAUUAUAUCAAAAGAUUAUAAUUUGGCUUACCUCCUUUUGACAGUGCACAGAAGAUAUUUCCUAGUAUAUUUAUAACUGUUAUUGUAGAAGUUAUACAUGAUUAUUUUCAAUUUAACUUAGUUAAUAAUUUGAGUAUUCAAUAUUUUAAUGAACAAUAGCUGCUAGAAAGAGGUCUAGAUCUAUUAUUUUAGAUAAGUAAAAAAUCAAAUGGUUCAUGAGCUGCAUAAUAUUAUUGUUUGUCACAUAACACAAUAUGUAAUCAAUUAAUAAUUACAAUUUGAUACUAGUUAUACAUUGUGAAAGAAGAUUUAUGAAAUAAGAAUUGCAUAUAUAUAUAUAUAUUUAUAGACAUAAGUCAUAUACACAGUAAAAAUUAAUAAUUUAUGUUUAUAAUACCUUUUAUACUAUAUCAUAUACACGUGUUUGUUGGCAACUUAACCAUAAAUAUUUAAAAUGUUUUAAAUUUAUAUUACAAAAUAACACUAUUUUUAGGAAUAAUUUAUUAACUCUUGUAUCUUUAAUCUACUUUUUAAAACACAUAUUUAACAUAGUUCUGUUUUAUUGAAAGCCCACAAUCUUAAAAGAAUUAUUAUUAAAAACUAAUGGACAUACUUCACACAAUGGGUGGGCCACUGUUGUGGGUGAGAAAAUGCUAGGGAAAAAUGCUAAGGUGGGUAUUUAAUGUUUAUCUAUAUGCAAAAAUGAAUCAUUGUUAAUGAAAAACGAUUCUUAGCGUAGUUUGGUUUUACAUGUUUUAAAAACUCAUAAUAUUUGCGAUUUGAAAAUAAUACAUUUCAUACAUUUUCCCAUUUAUUAUGAAAACCCCUGAGAAAAUUAAAAUAUAACUCUCAUAAAGUACCAUCCCCCUAUCAAAUUUAAUUUUAGAAAAGGUGCUAAACUUGAAAAUCUGAACAAAAGUUGCUGAUAAAAGUUAUUAAAAAAAUUCAUUCAUUAUAUCAUUGAAAAUGAUACAAUUCAUACAAUUAUCUGGUUUUUCCCCAUUUAUUAUGAAAAUUGAUGAAGUAAAAGAAACCUCUUUAAAGUACCAAUCUAGUCAGUCAAAUUUCCUUUUAGAAAAAGUGCUACACUUGAAAAUCUGAGCAUAAUUUCUAGUAAAAAAGUUGUUCACAGGAAAAAAAAUAAAUAUCAUUGUAAAACCAAUACAUUCCUCACUUUGUAUGUUUUUUUUUUUUUGUAAAUAUUUUUAAUUAUUAUUUUGGUUUUAAUAUGAUAUUUUGUCUAUUAAUAUUCUAAAUUAUAUAUAACAUUAUUAUUAAUAUAGUUUUUAAAUAUUUUUGGAUUAAUGAAGUAGAUGGAAUAAAUAAAUUUAUUCGCUACACAUCACUUAUAAUAAUACAGUUAGAUUAAUUAAAAUAAUUUAAAUGUUGUAUCCCUCGUUUUAACGUGAGUUCUUAGCUAUAAUGUAAAUUAUUUUCUUAAUUUGUUUUAGUAGAAAAAAAAAAUUAUAAUUUUGAAAGUACUCUAUAUUUUGUUGAAUCACCUAUUUAUUUGACCACAUCUCUAUAUAAUAAUUUCUCUAGGUAGUUUUUACUAAGUGUGUUUUCAAAUUAUUAUUUAUACUUCAAUAGUUUUAGAAAAUAAUAGUUGCAAUAUUUUACAAUUCAUAUUUAAAUACUAUUUAGUUAAAAUUUAAUAGUUAUAUUUAUACGUUUUUAUGUACAUUUUUGAUUUUAGCAACUGUGUCUAAUUGGGAAAUGGUUUUUUAUGGAACAGCAGUAUUACCUCCAGAUCAAUCAAAUCCACUUCCUACAAUAAUACAUUUAAAAAAAAAUGACACCUCAGAAAUAUCAUCAAACUUGAAUUUCAAAUCUGGAGAAUGUCGUGUGUCUACUACUAAAUGUUUAGGUUUGUUAUUAAUAUUAAGUGCAAUAAUAAUCCCUGGCAGUUUUUAACAGGGUAAAUAUAAAUUAAAUUAAAAGUAUUGAGUCUUCCCAUAAAUGUGCCAUACAAAUUCCUUCCGAUCUUAAAUAUUGUUAAGGUUCAUAGAUAUUUAAUUAAAUUAUUUUAUACCUUCCCUUUCAUUUUUUUUGUAUUUUGGUUUUAUAAUAAUUCAAGUUGUUUUGUUUUUACCCGAUAACUAAAAUAUUUACCUGAAUAUAUCCUCAAUCACAGUUUAAACUAUUUUAAUUAAAGAUAUUUAUUAGUAAUUGACAAUUAUUUAUAGGUUUAUUUAUUAAAGUAGAUAAUUUAACUCAAUUUAAUAACAUAUUAUUUUAUUCUUUAUUACUAUUGUGUAUUAAAAUGUACGUCUAUUAUUAUAUUAAUCAUUGCACAUAAUAUAUAUUUAAACAAAUGUUAUAUUACAAUAUACAGAUAUAUAUUUAAAAUUAUGUGCAUUUUUUAAUAUGUUAGUCAUUUUAAUUAAAAAAAAACUAAUUAAUUUAAGUUUAUUGUACAUAAAAUAUCUAUGGGCCUUAACAUUUAAAAUAUUAAGACUUUCAUUUAAAUAUUUGUAUUAUUUUGUGGAUUGCGUUUGUUAAUUUGAUCAUUAUGAACUGUGGUAAUGAACUGUAUUAGUGGAAAAGUGAUUUAAAGUGUCAAUUUAUCAAUUUAUAAAAUACUUAAACAAGUAUUAUACAUUUUAACUAUAAUUUGUAGGUAAUUAGUAUAUGAAAUUGAUAUAAUAAGUAUAUAAUACACACAAAUAUUGUUAUCUAGGAAAAAUGGUAGGUAAAAUAAAAUUGUUUUAAAUAAAAUAUAUGCAAUUAAAAAAUAAAGAUCAUUAUAGUAUAUAAUAACACAAUUAUCAUAAUACUCCAAUAGACGUAUUCAUUGGUUAAUUUAUUUUUUAUUUAUAUAUUUAUUUACAAAUAUUAGCCAUUUUAAUAAUUUUGUUUUUACUUUAUUAUUUUAUUAAAAAAAAAUUAAGUGUUAAAAUUAGUUAAUAUUUAAUGCAUUUUUUUGUUUUUAUUUUUCAUUAUUUACCAAUUAAAGUCAAAAUAAUAAAUAUUUUAUUUCACCUCCCCUUCCCCCUUUUAAAAAUUUGGUCUAGUUACAUCCCUUAUUUAUAAUAUUAUUGCAAUAUUAUAUUAUGACAAAAGCCUUUGGUAAUAACGAGUAAUUAAAAACUUAUCAGUGACAAAUAAAUCAUUAUAACAUUAAAUUAUGCUACACUGCAUUGGCAAUAGUAUUCUAAACAAAAUACAAUAAUGAAACCUUCAAUUUUAUACACAUAAAGUAACUUUUUUUUGAUAGUUUGAUUCAUAUACUUUGGUCAAUAUAACAAAUGUGUAACAUAAUGAUAACCUAUCUAAUAUGUUGGAGGUUAAGAUAGUUGAUUGAGGUUUAUUACAUAGGGUGUACAAAAUUUUUUUUGUUGAACAAACAUUUUGUUUUAGUGUAAAAUAUUUAUAUUAAUUUUAUUAAAACUAUGAUUUUUAUAUCAUUUUAAUAAUAAAAAAAAUUAUAAAUUAAUAGAUUAAAAAGUAUAUACUGCCAAAUUGUUUGUUUCUACAUGAUGCCUUUACAGAAAGUUAAUUGUUUUCCCUAUUAAAUUUAAUACUAAUCUAUACUAACACUGUUUUUUAUAAUAGCAAUAAUUGCAUUAGCGCUUUUGAAAAUAAUUAUAUUCAUUAAUUUGUACAACCGGUGAAAGGUAUACUUUAAUUAUAAUAGAAUUUAAUAAUAAUAAUUUUUAGUACUCAUUAACUAAAUAUAUAAAAUAGUUUUAUUCGGAGACUUCAAAUCUCUUGCAUUAAUAAUAAGUGAUUCAAAUAAGUUUUUCAAUUAUUCUGAUCAGCUACUGAUACAUUGUAGUCCCACUUUGUCUACUUUAUAAUAUUAGCCACUAUUGACUUUACAAAAUAAUACAAUUUUACCUCAUUGUAGUAUAUAUACAAUAAUCAUUGCACUUUACUUUUAAAUUUCAAUAAUGUUAAUAACUUUAAGUAUGAACACAUCAUGCCUAGUUUUAACACCAUACAAAAUUCUAGAAAAAUAGCAUAUUUUGCCAUGGUCUAAAAAUACCACGUACCCUUUGUCAACCACUCUUUAGAGGGGAAAUUUUUGUAAAUCCAACUUUGUAGUAUAUAUGAAACCAUUUAUUUGCAUAUGUAUGUAAACUUAGAUCUCUGUGUCAUAGAUUUGGUUGUAGAUGAAACAAAAAAUUUUUUCUUUUAUUACUAUAGAUUUAUCUUAUCUAUGUUUAUAUUGUAAAACAAAAUUACAUUUUUAUAACACGCAAUAUUCAUUUGUAAAAACUGAGGCAAUUGUUUUGUUUACAUAAAUUUAAGAAAAACAAAUACUAGAGUUUAAAGUUCAGAAAUCCAUUUAAGAAUCAGUAUAUUAAUGUUUGAAUAUCUUAUAAGUUUAAAACUAUAAUUAUACUUUCUGUAAAAGAUUCAUGAAAUGUAAAUAUUCUUGAAUAUUUUGAUAAUCAGUACAUAUAAUAAAUGUUAAUUAAUUAUAAAAUAAUUAUAUGCAAUUUUUUUAAUUUGGAUUUGAUAAAUAAUAAAAAACAUUUGUUUACUGUCACUAAAAAAGUUUAGAGGAAUAAUUGUAUAAUAUUUAAUUCAAAUUAUAUUUUCAAUACUAUUUUAUUAGUAGUAUAUUAACAUAGUUUUUAUUUACUGUUUAAAUUUUAAAAUAAAAAACCUUAAACUAUAUUUAUAACUUAUUUCACACACACAGUGACGUGUUCAUAAGAAUUAAUCCCCCCAUUGACUUAAAAAUACAAUAACUAUUAAUAUAUAUUUAAUAAUUUUAUCUUGACAUUUUAUACUUCAACCAAGUUACAAAGAAAAAAUCUUGUUUUACUGAAUACAAGUUAUUUUAUUUGUUUUAUCUGGUUUUUAAAUUUUCAUUGUUGGGUUUGGUAUAACAGUAGAAUAUUCUACAGUUUAUUCAUGAACCAUUAUUUAAUAUAUCCUUUCCUAUCAGAAAUUCCUGGGCAAGCAAUUGCACAUACAUAUUAUUAUAUAUAUUUAAUCUGUUAUCUAAAUACUCGUGUAACACAACUAAAUAUAUAGUGUUUAGUUCAGUUUAUAAAUUAGCCUAAGGCUCUGGAGAACUUGUAAUUGUGAUUUGAUAUUAAUAUUUAUACAUUAUGCUCACUUUAUUAUAGUAUUUAUUAAUUUUACAUUAUGGUUGAGUAUUAUUUUGCAUUUUCUGAAGUCUGUUCUACCAGUUAAUUAUAAAUGCUCAACAUUAGUCCUAUAGAUUAUAAUAACAAUUUUUCUUAUUUAUACUCAUAAUUUAGUAGUUAUAAAAAAAUUAAUGUUCAAAUAUAAUUUGUAUUAUUAAUAAUCUUCCUAUAUUGUAGUUUUUAAAAUUGCUAUAUUUUAUCAAACUGUUCUACAUUGGUUAUAUUAUAAACUUAUAAUUAAUAGUAGUUGGUAUUGGUACAUUAAUAAGUGAUUUGCUAAUUGUAAUAAGUACGUUUUUAGGUUGAUGUAAAUUGUGAUUUAUUUUAAUUAUAAAUAGGUUAAAUAUAGCCAGAUCAGUAUUACUAAAUAUUAAUUUUUAGAAAAAUAUGUAUAUAUUCAAUUCUCUCUCUCUCUCUCUCUUUGUAUUUCUCUUUCUCUGUCUUACCCAUCUUCUUUAUUUUAUUUUUUUAUAUUCAUAUAUUGUAUACCAAUACCAAAGUAUGUACGCUCAAUAAUGUUUUUAUGUUGUAAAUAAAAUUAGUGUAAUAAUAUUUUGUUUUGUUUUGUUUUUUUUUAAGAAAUAAUUUAGUAUUUUAAUUUAUGUUGUAUUUUCCAAAUUUCCAAUAAAAAUCUAAUUAUACAAAUCAAUAAAGGUACUAUGGUUUAUAUUUUGUGUAUACAUUAGCUUUCUUUCUACUGUGAUUAAAUAAAAUAUUAAUAUGUACAUACAUAUAAAAGAGACCAAACAAUUAAAUGCCCAUUUUACUGAAAAAAGUAUGUAUGGAUUUUAUAGUUUUAUUUUGUCUUAUUAAAUAAUAAAUAUUUUUAAUUAUUUAUUUUAUCAAUAUAAUAUGAUACAUUAAAAAUUGUUUUAUUUAUUUUAGCCACAGAAACUUAACCAUUGACUGUUUUUAAAAUUUAAUAAAUUACUUACAAUUCAGUCUUUUAUUAUUCUACAUUUCUGUGGUUGGGUAACGGAAAUUUGUGUUAAGUUAAAUAAUUUUUAGUUUUAGAUGUAUCUCUAUUACCAAUUAAAAUUGUCUACCUUGCAAAAUAUUUUAAUAUUUGUAUUAUUAAAACUCAAAUUUAUAUUGACCAAUUUAGAUUAAAACUAGUUAGAAAGAAACAAUGAAAUUAUGUAUUUUAUUGUUUAUAAUUUUGCGAUAUUAAUAAAAAUUAUGAACAUAUUAAACAUGUAAAAAUAUACACUAUAUUUAUUUAAACUAAUUAUUUCAAUAUUAUCUAAAAAAUAAUGAAAUAAUUAUUAAUAAUAUUUUACUAUUUAUCAUAAAUCACCUCAUUUGAAACUAAAAAUAUAUAUAGUAAUUUAUUAUUAAUAUAGAUUUAAUAGAAUUAAUUGUUGUUUUUAUUUUUAAUAGUAGAUUUUAAUGUAUUUGAUUAAAAUUGUAAAUACUUUUUUGGAUACUUUGGAGUUUUACAAGUGUUUCCCAACGAGGAGAGAGAUUCCUCCCUAAAAAGGAAUUUAGGUACUACGCGGGGAGGGGUAAUUUAGUAAUGAUGAAAUUAUAAGAAUAAAAUAUAAAAUGCGUAAAUUUGUCAAAUCUAAAAUUAAAAACAAUUUAUAUCAUAUUUUUAAUUAUUAGGGGGAGGCAUAAGAGUUUUAAAAAUCUACAAGAGGGGUGUAGAAAAAAAAAAGUUGUGAAACACUAAAUGAUACAUUUUAAAUCAUAUGGAAUGAUUUAGAAUCAUUUUUGUAAAACUUCAGAACAUUUAAAUGUUUUAAAAAUAUACAUUACUCAAUUAAAAAAUGAUUAUUUUAUAUCUGAGUAAAAUAAUGUAUAUACUUAUACAUAAAUAUAUUUUAUUAUAUUAUUAUUAUUUUUUUUUUUUUAAAUAUUUAACCUUUAAGUAUUUUACAAUGAAAUAGUGAAAUAUUUAUAUUGAGUAUUAUAAUAUCGAAUUUCAAUCAUUUCUCUCGGCAUCUAAAAUGCAACAUACUAAUUUGUAAUUAAUACAAUAAUGAACUAAGCAUAUUGGAAUGAAAUGGGCUGUAUUAUUCUAACAUCAAUCAGGCGCUUGCGGUGAGUGUUCCACACAGCUUUGCUUCUAAUUUGCACUCAAAAAAUUAAGCUAAUCAUAAUCAGAGCUUCAUUAAAAAAUGAACAGUAUUUACAUAACAAAAAAAAACUAAUAUUUUAAUUUAUUUACAGAAUGUUCAUAUGGAUAUAAUAUGUAUAAUGGAGAAUGUACUGCUAAAUGUCCGGUUAGAACUUACGAGGUACAAGAUGGUAUUUGCAAUGAUUGUCAUUAUACAUGUUUUCAAUGUUAUGGACCUAAUGAUUAUCAAUGCACCUCUUGUUGGAAUGAUGCAGAUUUGACACAAUCCAUGGGCCAAACCUAUUGUUAUUCAAAGAAUGUCAAAAUUUUACUUGAUGAUAAAACAUGGCAUAUGUUAUCUUUAAUUUUAUUAAUCAUUAAUAUAUUCUUAUUACUUAUAUUUUGUAAAGGAAGAUUUCGGGCUACAAAUAAUAUAUUAGAAAGCGGAUAUUACAGCCUAGCUAAUCAAAUUGAAGGUGAUUAAUUAUUGAAAUACUUUUAGUUAUUUAUUCAUUGUUAAUAUUUAAAUGUUUUAUACGACUUCUAAAGAUUUAAGAAAUAUCUUUAUGAAGUAGUUAUCAAAUUAAUUUAUUUUCUAUUUACUUUUGUUAUACAUUUUAAAUUUAAUAAUAUAUUAAGUAUUUAUUUAAGUGUAAAUGUUCAACAUACAGACCUAUUUGUGUACAAACUAGUUAAAAAGUUUAAAAUACAAUUAGAUUGAUAAUUAUGAGCCAUAUUCAGUAUAAAUUGAGUGCAAUUUAAAAUAAAGACUUGUCAAUUUUAAAAUAGUAAAUUAUGUGUACAGCCUAAUUUGAAUUAUUAUAAAUAAAUGUUUUAUUUUACCUAAAUUAUAUAAUAUAAAUAUAUACCAAUUUUACUAGCAUUAUAGUUUUGCUAUAUGGAAGUUCAUAUUUAAAUUAAGCUUUAGUUUCCUAGAGUAUAGUAGCCUUUACCAGCUACAUAGUUCUACUAAGUUGUUAUGAUUGCAAUUUUGAAUAAAAAUUCAGUAAUUGUACUUAAUACUUAAAAUAAAUAAAAAGUAUGGGUGUUUGAAUUGAAAUAUACUCAUUAUUUAUAUUUCAUUGAACACAAUAUGAUACAAAGAUAUUAUUGAUCAAUAGAAAUAAAUAUUUUAUUAUAGUUAUUAUUUGUGAUUUUAUAAAUAUUAUGAUAUACUUGACACUAAUAAAACAUAAGAUGUUAAAAGGUCACAUUAUAAAAUAAACUAUUUUUUUUUUUUUUUUAAAGAAUUUAAUAUAAUAUAUCUU